AUGGCCUCUACUGAUGCCUCCACGUCCUGGCAUGCUGCCUACCCUCCUCCGAUCAACAAGACUCCCGGGGCUAUGACACGCCAUGCGGUGCUUGAUAUGAUGAAGGACAGCAACCUUAUCGCGGGCAAGGACUACGUUCUCGUUGAUCUCCGUCGCACAGAUCACGAGGGCGGUACCAUUCGCGGAUCUAUCAACCUACCAGCACAAAGCCUUUACCCGACGAUAAAGACGCUGUACAGUCUAUUCAAGUCGGCGGGAGUCCAGAAGGUCAUCUGGUACUGCUCAUCCUCUCGCGGCCGUGGCCCAAGGGCGGCCGGGUGGUUCAAGGACUACCUGGACGAGCAAGGGGAUAGCUCCAUGGAAAGUGUGAUUCUAUCUGAAGGUAUCACUGGCUGGGCUAAAGCUGGUAGCGAGUUCGUUGAGUGGAUGGACCACCCCGACAAGCCCUACGGCAAAUAG